AUGAGCAUUCCCACAAAUGUUAGUUGGUCGUUCAGAUACAUAUUGAGAGUAAGACCAAGUGUUCUUCACCUCUUUACUGGCCCGAUUCACAAUCUGAGUGUAAGAAGCAUUCGGGAUAACUUGCGUAUCAUCUUUCCCAAAGUUUCUUGGCAGUAUCUAGUGUGGUUUCCUGGGCGUAUUCCUAAACACAACAUCAUUGUGUGGAUGGCCAUUCUUGAUCGUCUCCCUACUCGGGUUUGGCUUUUAAGAAUGGGCCUAAGUAUCGUGGAUGUUAAAUGUCUUAUGUGUGGUAUUGAGCCUGAGUGUAGAGACCAUAUGUUCUUUGGCUGCAAUUUUGCAAAGGACCUAUGGGGGGCAAUACUCGCUUUAUGUGGUGUGUAUCGAGGGGCUUGUAGCUGGGAAAGUGAGUUAUCUUGGGCGACCUAUUGUUUCAAGGGCAAGUCUCUCAUUGCGAGAGUGUUCCGACUUGCUUGGGCGGGUCAUGUUUAUAGCAUUUGGAAGGAACGGAAUUGCAGGCUCUAUGGAGGUAGUGCUCGAUCAGUGGAUGCGCUGCUGCAGGAUAUCAAAGCUGUUAUUCGGAUUCGGUUGGAGAGAAGUACCAUUUGUAGAUCUGACGAGUGUAAUGCUGCUCUCUGUGCUCGUUUGGAUAUUGCUUAG